AUGCUGGGUGACGACAAGUGGGUCCGGUCAGUCAUCGUCAUAGUCAUCGUCACCGCUGUCGUUAGCGUCACCACCGUCGUCACCGUUGUCGCUGCCGUCGUCACCGCCGUCGUCACCGUUGUCGCUGCCAUCGUUACCGCUGUCGUCACCGUUGUCGCUGCCAUCGUCACCGCUGUCGUCACCGUUGUCGCUGCCAUCGUCACCGCCGUCGCCGCCGUUGUCGCUGCCAUCGUCCCCGCCGUCGUCACCGUUGUCGCUGCCAUCGUCACCGUUGUCGCUGCCAUCGUCACCGCCAUCGUCACCGUUUUCGCUGCCGUCGUCACUGCCGCCGUCGCGCACAUCAUGGCGUCGGACGCGAACGACAGCGGCGGUGCUGCGGACGCGUUCGUCAACUUCACGGCGACGAACUACUUGGGAAAGCUGCGCGACCCGCCGACGUGGGAGAUCAUCGUCAAGGUCGCGACGUACGUGCCCAUCGCCGUCGUCGCCAGCGUCGGCAACGUGCUCGUUAUGCUGAUCGUCGCCCGCUGCAAGUUCCUGCAUUCCAAUGUGAACUUCUUCAUCUGGAACCUGGCGCUGGCCGACCUGCUGACGGUGCUGCUAGAGAGCUGGGUAUUCGUCGUACACGACCUCACCGAAGGCUGGGUGCUCGGUCCCUUCUACUGCAAGUUCCAUGGCUUCAUCGGAA